AUGAAAGACGAGGAUGAGAUACUGGGGGCGACUGCUGUCAGCAUCAUGCUGAGGGCGAAGAUGGACGACGCUCCAAUCGAUAUCGCCGCUCGGAAGGAACCUAAACGGCGGAUCCAAACGCCGAUACCCACCGUGUAUCGAGAAGCGAAAUUAUGGGUAGUCAGUUUUGAUGGAUCGGCUCGAGUGAAGCGUGGCGGGGGCGCCUUCAGUACGAUCGUGUGGAGUCUGCCCGGAUGGGAGGUGGUCAAAGCUAGAUCGGGCUAUCUCGAGAGACUCACCGUGAACGAAGCAGAACAUAACGGCCUGCUCCUGGGACUCGACACGCUAGAGGACUUAGAUUACAAGCGCCUAGUGAUCUGCGGUGAUUCCAACUUAAGAGUCUGGAAUGGGAGAGCCGGCAGUCUAGCGAGUGCCGCUUUGCAACGACAAAGCGGGAUCGAGGUCCAAGGAGGAUCCGAUCACCAAGACCUGGUCACCCUGAACCAGUUGGACGAAAUCCUGAUUCCCAAGACCGAGAACCCAGUGUUGCGAAUUGCAGCGGUCACCACCCGAGCUUCUCAAGCUCAGGAGGAGGAAGUCUGGAUCGCAGACAUGAAGAGGUAUCUGAGUGGCUCGAUCGCAGACCUCACGCAAGCAGAAGCAAGAUCGUACGGCAAGAUCUCGGGCGACUAUGAGGUGGACGAGCAGGAUCUACUCUUCUACUGCCCUCCCACGCCGAGAUCGGGGGAUGAUCGCGAUCGCGAGAUGCAUGAGGAGCAGAUCGGCCUCAGCCAGAUCCCCUUCGGCCAGAUCUCGCAAUUCGACGAGUUGAUCGUGGGCCUGCUGGAGGUCCGCCAUCCGGUUUUCCCACCCCUGAAGCUCCAAGCGAACUACUUCGAGGUCGUCAUCUAUGGAAAACAAGUGUCAGAGGGGGAUCGUGCUAGAUCGAAUGGCGAAGUUCAGUUACCCAGCUGGGCGACACGAGCCGUUUCGAGCCCGAUCCCGAUUCUCGGUGACCUGGGUAAGGUAGGUGAAGGCCCGAUCUCGAUCGAAGGUAACCUGCGUCACGGUCGCGCGGGCGAGUGCAAGAUCUCGAUCCCGGCCCGCCUGGACUAG